AUGCUAGUCACUAUCAUCUUUGUCAUUGUCGGCCUCCUCGGCUUGCGACUGCUGAGAUCGUACUUUUCGUUAUCACACAUCCCUGGACCGUUCUGGGCCAGGUUGACGAAUCUUUGGCUUUUCAAGUCUCAGAACACCAGAGGCCACACUGCAAGGAUUCUCGCGCUACACAAGAAACACGGAAAGCUCGUGCGAUUGGGGCCCAACCAUGUCAGCAUCAGUGACCCGGCCGCCAUUCCCAUCGUCUACAGUGUCAAUCCAACAUGGAAGAAGGGCCCUUCCUACUAUGGGGCUGUUCCUAUAAGCAAGAAGCGGGCUGUGCCCAGCAUCAUUGCUAUGAACGAGAAACAGCACACAGCGGUGCGCAAAUCGGUCGGCCGCGCUUUUACUACAAACUCUUUGCUGGACUACGAAGAUUCUAUCGAAGCAACUGGCAAGGAGCUAAUCGAAGCUCUUACCAAGAACCCGAACACCGACAUCGGCCAGUGGCUUCAGUUUUUCGCCAUGGACAUGUUGAUUCGCAUUGCCUUCAGCGACACGCUCGGCUUACUGGCCAAGGGGGGCGAUAUCGACGGGACACUUGCUGCUGUCAUGGACCGAUUCGACCAUUGGGGCCAAUGGGGCGCAGCUCCUGAGGCCGACUUUCUCCUAAAUAAGAGCUGGCUCGCAACGCUCCUACGAGGAGUCGGUGACAGUCCCCUUGCCAGGGUUGGGAUAGAAAAGUUGGAAGCGAGGAGGAAGGAUACUAAUAAGCAACGAUACAAAGACCUUUGCUCCAAGUUUCUCGAAGGCCAGGCAAAAUAUCCCGACCUCUUGCGACAGGAUGAGCUGCUGGGUAUCAUCAUGUCCACCAUUGGUGCAGGCGCUGAUACCACUGCCGGUACUCUGACAUAUACCCUGUAUUUCCUGUCAAAGAACCCCGCUGCGAGGAGUAAGCUUCUGCAAGUUAUCGAAGAGAACCUUCGUGUCGGUACACUGUCCAACAUGCCUCGAUGGGCAGAAGUCAACAGCAUGCCUUAUCUAGAUGCUGUUUUGAAGGAAUCAAUGCGACUUCUUCCAGUCGCGUCCUGGGGCCUCGACCGAGUCGUCCCCCCGGCAGGUGCGAUGAUUGCGGGCAAGUUCAUCCCCGGAGGCACAGUCGUUCGAUGUCAAAUCGAUGCCAUUCAUCUGGACGAAGACGUCUAUGGCAAGGACUCGACUUCGUUCAGACCUGAGAGGUGGCUUGAAGCAAAUGAAGAUCAGCGCCGGCGAAUGGAUCGUUCGUUCCUGACAUUCAGUGCCGGCAAGAGAGUGUGCACGGGCGUCCAUAUCGCGUGGUUGGAGAUGAAGAAGACGCUCCCACUGUUGUUGAUGAAUUUCGAUUUCGAUCUCCUCGAUCCUAACCAGGAUGUGAGAGAUGGUAUCAGAGUCAGCGCAGUCAAAUAUCCGCCCCCGAUUCCGAUGAAGAUCACAAGGAGAGAUCCAGUUCCCUCCUAA